CUGGCUGGAUUUGGACCCAAACAACGCCAUCAUGUGGGUGGUUGCGUGUCACCUCCUCAUUAUCUGGCUUGCUGGACUGUUCCUGGCGUUCCGGGCGCUCACUCUUCCAUCGGACAAAGUUCCACUGGCAAUGAAACACGCCGACAAAGCGAAACGCAAAAGCGCGCUGGGACGCCUGCGCUUCACCACCACGGCGCUGCUGGUGCUGCUGGCGGCAUGCUGGGCGCUGGGUGCCGCGGCGGCCUUCUUCGGCAACCGCACGCUCGUCAUCUGCGAGGCGGUGUCGACAGUGCUGCUGGCGGCGGCGCUGGGCGCGAUGUGCGCCGACACUUUCAUCGCCGGCGCUCGGCCGUGGAGGCAGCGGGUGAUGCCGCAAAAGGGAGCAGCGGCGGCGCCCCGGCCCGGCGGCCGCCCGCCAGCCAACCUGACACUGACCACCGUCCAUCCGGCCGGGAGCACGAGUAACAACAUGUUUGUCAAGAGGACAUUCCACUUUGGCGCAGACCCGGCCGAAGCCGACAAAAAGAUUAUCCUAUCCAUGCCAACACCUGAAUAAUCAGUCAGAAAUCAUAUCGUAGGACAUUCAGAAACACAACGAAUAGACUUCUUAACCAGCGCAGCGUAUGGGGCCAAAACAGACCCUCUCCUUUUCCGUCGAUAUCUCCUCAGUAUUACAGUUAUCGUCACCAAACUAUCAGGACCUCCGCCCCGGCAUCAAUUUUACAAUUUUGUGGCAAAAAAUAGGCUACGAUAGGUUGGCCGCAGAUGACGUCAGAAUGACGUCUUGUUCCGCCAUUUUCGAUAAACAAGUUUUGCGGGAAGAGCCUACCGUUUUGAGAAUAGAGAAAAUGUCAAUGACAAAAAGGUGUAAAUAUCCUGGAAAAUCCAAAAUUUUGUUUUUGAUAACACCAAUUGACCGUCCCCAGCCCCCUCCAAGAAGUCACGGGUUAGAUGGCCAAAAGUAUAUUUUACGUGUCGAAAUAUCAAAUUUAACCCGCCCCGCAGGGCUAUCGGUGGACCCUACCACCCGUAGGGGGGGGCGAAACGCCCCCACCUAAGAUCUCGGAAAGCUAC